UUCUCCCAUCCUAGAGUACAGAAAUAGCAUGAAAAACCCACUUCAUCUACUAUUUCCAUCAACUUCGAGUUGUUGUCCCGAUCUUCCUCAUGGUGGCCUAUGCAAAUUUAUGUGGAAGGGUUAGGGUUUUUCUAGUCAAAGGAAAUUUUAGGAAUUCAAUAAUUUCCCUAUUUAUAUGUUGCUUUUUCAGUUUAAUUGAAAGACUCGUCGAGCUUUUAAGGAAUCUGAGACUGCAAGUCUCUCUCUGCAAGAGAGAAAGGUUAAAAAGGACACACGAGAGCUCUGGUGCCCAGAUCUCCCUUUUCUUAGUCUCCAUCGACGCCACCCAAUAUGAGGAUCCGCAAGUAUGCACAGAAGUGCCAGAUUUGCUGUCUUCCUUCCCAGCUUUCUUCAACGUACAUGUGCGAGCUCAACCAUUCUCCAUGGGAUGUGAUUUCCUUCAGUUCCAAGAGAAUUAGGGAAGAUGAUAGCGGAGGAGAAGAAACAGCUAAUGCAGUGGAGAGCAUCCUUUCGCUGAAUAGAACCUGGGAAGAUAAUAAUAAUGAUGGGUCCUCUUCAUUGUUGUUGUCGUGGUCGUCAUCACCUCCUAAAGCCGAUCGGCUUCACAAGGUAGAGGAAAGGAUGAGCUUCACAUGCUGCAAUAAGACGGAUGGGAAGGGAUGGAAAUGUAAGAAAGAAGCUAAACGAGGGCGUUCGCUAUGUGAACAUCACCUCUCUCAGCCAAAGUCUUACUAUACCAACAAAAAGAGCAACCUCACCUCAACCCCAGCAAUUCGAAUGACGAUGGACGAAGUGAGGUCGAUGCAAAUGAUAAAGGAAACGUUAGAAAGAAGAAGAAGAGUGGUCAAAAGCCUGUGAAGACAAGAUCUCUUAAGUCACUACUCGAUUCUGGUCAUUCUUCUUCUAGUUCUCCAUUACUAUUAUCAUGUGAUGACGAUGCAGGAAGUGAGGACAAUGAAAAUGUUGAAAAGAAGAAGAAGAAGACGAUCUCUCAAAUCACUGCUUUAGUUUAGUUUAUUUUAGUUUAGCUUAGUUCAUCUCCCUCUCUGUAAAGGAUUUGUAAAACACUUAGAAGAAAGAAAUGUAUUUAAAUGAAGGGGGACUUCUGUUUCCUGAGCUUAACAAGGGUUUUGCAGGUUCUAUUUAUUAUUAAUUGGAAUUGAAUUCGUGAUU